GUGACAUUCGUUCUUUUGAAUUUGCGAUUUUCAAGAUGCCUCCAAAGAAGGACGCUAAAGGAUCGGCUAAACAGCCACAAAAGACCCAAAAGAAAAAGGAGGGAUCCGGUGGCGGCAAAGCCAAGAAAAAGAAGUGGUCAAAGGGAAAGGUUCGCGACAAGUUGAACAACCAAGUCUUGUUUGACGCUGCCACCUACGACAAACUAUACAAGGAAGUUCCCCAAUACAAGCUUAUCACUCCAUCCGUUGUCUCUGAAAGAUUGAAGAUUCGCGGUUCCUUGGCCAAGAAGGCUUUGGUUGAACUUCGUGACAAAGGACUAAUUAAGCAAGUUGUUCACCAUCAUGCCCAAUUGAUCUUCACCAGAGCUACAAAGGGAGAUGAUCCAGUUGCUUAAAUUAUGAAGCUAUCCACUUUAUAGGUUAAGCAAGGAAGACGUUAAGAAUAAAACAGCAAUUCUUAUCAUAAAUAUAA